CUAAGCACAAUUUUAACGUGAUCACUAAGAUUGGGCCUAUGCGCAAUUUUGAUCAGUUUUCUCUGCGAGCAGUCCAUUUAGAUGAUAAACCCACAUGCGUGUUUAGCCACAUUGUAAUUCAGGAUUGCCUUCUAACCGUAAACUGCUCAUUUCAACUUACAGUGAAAAGUGACGUGUUUAUACAACACAAGGGUUUUAUCGCCAUCUCGGCACAAACAGCCACCUGCGGGCUUUAACUGCUGGUGUACAGAUAACGCUGCGUAAGUGUUUUACUGUUUGUCUUACAAUAAUUCUACAUGGACCACGGAAAUAACAGUACAGCAGGAGUUCCAAUUUGAUGGAAGAACUUUAUUGGGUUCGUAAUGAUUCGAUGAACACUAAAAUUCAUUUGGUAUUCUACGUUCUUUUUUCUAGUAAGGUUGGACGAUAAUAAGUGACUUUGGCACGGAAAAGGACAUUGGAAUACGAUUCGUUUGGUUGCAACUGGGUUAUUGUACCUUUAUUUGCCAACACGAAAUAAAUUGCUCGGUCGAGUGAAGUUCAGGUUCCCAAGAAAUGGCAUAUGGCUAGUAGGGUGCUGCGUGAAGGCAUGUGCACUCAUUUGACCUCUGCUGUACAAGAAUCUGGGUUCCGAAACCAAGAUUCAUUUCCUGAGAACUCAGGCUCGCAGCACUGAUGACAUUGGAGUAAGGACUACUACUGUGUAAAGUCUGUGCUCGAAACAAGUUUCGUUUAUUCACAUUACUGACAGAAGUUCUUAGUGAUUUAGAAACAUGCAUAGAAUUUCGGCUGAUAUGCCUGAAUAUUAACAAUAUCUAAUAGGAACUGCCCUUUUACAGUGACAACUAAUAUACAACGAAAACGUGACAUUAUUGGACUACUGGUGACGACUUGGACAUUAAAAGGAUUUAACUUCCCAUUUUUAAAAGAAAAAUAGUCUUUCAAGCUAAACAUCUGGAAUACAGCAUUUUCCUCACACUUAAUGUAAAUGUGGGGAAGAAAAGUGGGAUACACUACGAAUACAUAAUUUUUUGAAGAUUGAAGAAAAACUAGACAAGCAAAGGGAAUAUAAUCGAGAGCAAGAACCGAAAGUCACCAUUCACAUAUCAUGGCCGUCCAUUGCUCGAGCUCUGUGGCAACGCCUCCAAGGAAGCCGUCUUUCCUGAUCCAAGACAUCUUGUCGACGAGUCCACAGAGACCCCCAAGGACUAGUACUCGUGCCCAGGCACCGCCGCCAAUCUUGAACCCUCCUCCGCCGGUCAAACCACUAGAAGCUCCUUUCUUUCAUCCCUCGUACUGCGGGCCGCCCCUUGGUCUGGUUCUGGCGUCCGCCGCACCCAGCUGUGCCUCUUUCUGUUAUUCACCAGGCUGUGGGCCCCUUCUAGGCCACGUCCCGCAGACUUUGGCUUUCCCAGGCAGCGACUCCUUAGCAGUGCCCAUCCCGCUACCCGUGUAUGUCCGCACCAAGUCCCCGUCCACGACCGACCACUUGGGGAGGCCCAAGAAAUGUCGCCGAAGCAGAACUGUCUUCACGGAACUACAAUUAAUGGGUCUAGAGAAGAAAUUUGAGACUCAGAAAUAUUUGUCCACACCAGAUCGCCUGGACCUUGCCGACACGUUGGGUUUGAGCCAGAUACAGGUGAAAACAUGGUACCAGAACAGGCGCAUGAAAUGGAAAAAACAGGUUUUGCAAGGCGGAGGCUCGGAACCGCCCACCAAACCGAAGGGACGCCCAAAGAAAAAUGUCCCACUGGAUGCACCCCACCAUGAGGAUAAAAGCGACGAAGAAGGAGAUAUUUAUCUAAAUGGCAUUGCAAAGAUGGACCUUUCUGUUCAUUCUUCUGACUCCGAGAUGAAUGAUAGAUAUAGUGAACACUGUGAAUAAUUAUUGUUAUUUUUUAUUCUAUUAUCCACCGUGGAUUAAAAACUUGUUUUUCAACUUAAACGCAAAUCAGCUAUUACGUCAUAUUGUAGCGUGUA